AUGUGCAACGAUUCAAUCAUCAAUAUAAAAUACGAUGAUGAAUACAAAGUUCGGACUAACUUUUCAAUACUCUAUAAGAACAAGGUGUACGAUUAUACUAAGUAUCGAGUUCUGAAUGAUGGCAUAAAGAUUUGUAACUCCACUGAUAACUAUGUAAGGAAUAUUUGGAAACUACGCAAUAAAUGGGUAAAGGCGAAAAUACAUCAAAGAAGUUGCAAUAAACCCAUUAGAGAGUAUUGGUUGAAACGACAGUAUUGCACUGUGAAUAAGCAGUUCACUGUCUAUUCGGGACGUCGUGGUCAAUAUUUCCCAAGAAAUGAGUAUGGAGUGGAAGACGGUAAAACAUAUACAUGCGAUGAAAAGUUCAGACCCCAAUCAACAGAGUAUACCCAGGAAGAUCUAUUAAUGUGCAACGAUUCAAUCAUCAAUAUAAAAUACGAUGAAGAAUACAAAGUUUGGACUGACUUUUCAAUACUCUACAAGAACAAGGUGUACGAUUAUACUGAGUAUCGAGUUCUGGAUGACAGCAUAAAGAUUUGUAACUCCACUGAUAACGACGCAAGGAAUAUUUGGAAAGUACGCAAUAAGUGGGUAAAGGCGACAAUGCAUCAAAAAAGUUGCAAUAAACCCAAUACACUGUCAUCGUUGUAUCGAAAGUAUUACACUGUCAAUAAGCAGUCCACUCUCUAUCUCGCACCUCCGAGUCAAUAUUUCACAAGAAAGGACUAUGGGGUGAAAGACGGUAAACCUUUUACAUGCCAAGAAAAGUUCAGACCCGAAUCAUCAGAGUAUACCCAGGAAGAUCUAUUAAUGUGCAACGAUUCAAUUUUCAAUAUAAAAUACGAUGAAGAAUAUGAAGUUCUGACAGACUUUUCAAUAUUCUAUAAGAACAAAAUGCACAAUUAUACUGAAUAUCGAGUUCUGAGAGAUGGCAUAAAAAUUUGUAACUCCACUGGUAAUUACGUACGGAAUAUUUGGAAAGAACGCAAUAAAUGGGUAAAGGCAAAAAUACAUCAAAAAAGUUGCAAUAAACCCAUUAGAGAGUCAUGGUUGUACCAAAAGUAUUACACUGUGAAUAAGCAGUUCACUGUCUAUUUGGGACGUCGUGGUCAAUAUUUCACAAGAAAUGACUAUGGGGUGGAUGACGGUAAACCUUUCACAUGCCAAGAAAAGUUCAGACCCGAAUCAUCAGAGUAUACCCAGGAAGAUCUAUUAAUGUGCAACAAUUCAAUUUUCAAUAUAAAAUACGAUGAAGAAUACCAAGUUCUGACAGACUUUUCAAUACUCUACAAGAACAAGGUGUACGAUUAUACUGAGUAUCGAGUCCUGAAUGAUAGCAUAAAGAUUUGUAACUCCACUGAUAACUACGUAAGGAAUAUUUGGAAAGUACGUAAUGAAUGGGUAAAGGCAAAAAUUCAUCAAAAAAGUUGCAAUAAACCCAUUAGAGAGUUAUGGUUGUACCGAAAGUAUUACACUGUGAAUAAGCAGUUCACUGUCUAUUCGGCAGCUGAAGGUCAACAUUUCACAAGAAAUGAGUAUGGGGUGAAAAACAGUAAACCUUAUACAUGCGAUGAAAAGUUCAAACCCGACUCAACAGACUAUACACAGGAAGAUCUAUUAAUGUGCAACGAUUCAAUCAUCAAUAUAAAAUACGAUCAUGAAUACAAAGUUCGGACUGACUUUUCAAUACUCUACAAGAACAAGGUGUACGAUUAUACCGAGUAUAGAAUUUUGAAUGAUGUCAUAAAGAUUUGUAACUCCACUGAUAACUACGUAAGGAAUAUUUGGAAAGUACGUAAUAAAUGGGUAAAGGCGAAAAUACAUCAAAGAAGUUGCAAUAAACCCAUUACAGAGUAUUGGUUGAAACGACAGUAUUACACUGUGAAUAAGCAGUUCACUGUCUAUUCGGGACGUCGUGGUCAAUAUUUCCCAAGAAAUGAGUAUGGAGUGGAAGACGGUAAAGCAUAUACAUGCGAUGAAAAGUUCAGAUCCAUAUCAACAGAGUAUACCCAGGAAGAUCUAUUAAUGUGCAAAGAUUCAAUCAUCAAUAUAAAAUACGAUGAUGAAUACAAAGUUCGGAGUGACUUUUCAAUACUCUACAAGAACAAGGUGUACAAUUAUGCGGAGUAUCGAGUUCUGAAUGAUGGCAUAAAGAUUUGUAAUUCCACUGAUAACAACGUCAACGUACGGAAUAUUUGGAAAGCACGCAAUAAAUGGGUAAAGAUUACAAUGCAUCAAAAAAGUUGCAAUAAACCCAUUACAUACACUGAGUUCGACCGAUGGGAAUACGCUGUGCUCAAGGAUUUUAGAGUUCGCAUUUUGGCAGCAAAGCAGCUGAUAGCAAAAUACGAUUAUGCUCUGUUUGAAGGUAAACUUAUGACAUGUGUGACAGAAUGCGCCAAUUUUACCUUCACUAUAAAGUAUGAAGAUGAAUACAGAGUAUGGAACAACUUCUCAGUGAUGUACAAGGUCGAAUGUACUCUUAUGAUGAGUACAGAAUAA